GCGGUGGGUGGUCUCUUCGAGGGAGUCGGGGUACUGAGCCUCCCGCUUCACUGCUUUGGGAACAAAUGGAUGUUUUGACCGCGGCGGCUCUUGGCGCGGGCGGCAGCCGAGUUCGGCUAGCAAAUCGUGGGAAGGAGGAGGAGCGGCGCUGGCAGCAAGGCCGCGGGGACCGCCGCGGCGCGGGAGACGGACGGGAGACGGCCGCGCGCUCCGCCUGGUUCCUGCUCCGCACCUCCUCCCUGCAGCGCCGGGUCCAGCGCAGAGCCUAGCUCUUUGAGACUGACGCGAGUGGGCCCCAUCCUCCUCACUCCCGGAUUGCAAGACCCACAUUCCCAAGGUUAGGAAGUUAUUCCCAGACGCUGACCUCUAGCGGUCUCCGACCCUGUAGUAGAGAGCAGAAAAGGUGACGAGACCUGAGAAGCACAGGACCGAGACAAAGGGUUAGGACUCCUUUCUCCACCGCACUCCUCCACUCUGGAGUCAACGAAGACCGUCUGAACCACACUCCUAGAGCUACCCACCCUCCAGUCCUCUCCUGAAUGCUGCCUGCAAGUUGCAUCUCCUAGUAGCAGCUUCAUUUUCCAGAGAGUCCACGCUAAGGCUAAGAAAGCCUAAGAAAGACUUGAAUGCCCCAAACCUGUGUUCAGAAGACUCAGAAGUCCCUCCCUACAUAAUUUCGACCCUCCCCUGAGCAGUUUUGAGUUCCUCUAGGGGCCCAAACCUCCACCAACACCCAGCCUUCAUCGCCUCCUGGUCGCUUGUCCCCUUUCCCAUGACACUUUUCCUCUGGAAAUGAACCUUCUGUCACAUACACCCACCCCACACACACCCGAGCCCUCCUCACUCAAAGAAGACCGCCUCGCCCCUGCGGCUGAGGCUGAGUCAGCCUGAGCAGACCAGGCUGUCAUUCUCCGAGGGCGGGCGGGGCGGCCAGGGCGGUCUGAGCAACAAGGAUAGCCGGGCGGCAACCUCCCCUUCCCCCGCCGAGGUCCCGAGGGGAGGGGGAAAUCCCUCGGCGGGAAGCAUGUCCCUUUAAGAAGGCGGCCCUGACUGGGUGUGCCCGGUCUCCAUGGUUACCCCGGUGCAGGCGGCGGCGCGGGAGGUUGGGAGGGAGGCUGCCGCUUCUCCCCGACAGACGGAGGGAGCUGCUGCAACCGGCGGUGGUGCCGAGCGGAGUCGCCUGCAGCAGAGACGGGAGCCGCCGCCGCCCCAGCGGGCGAGAGGUGCGGAGAGGACAGCAGCCGCGGAGCCUGGAACCCAGAAUUCGUGGGCGGCGAGGGCGCUAGGGGCUUUGCGCCAUGCUCCGGGCCCCGACGGCGCGGACGCUCCCUUGCGCGCUGGCCGCUGGCGAGGCCUGCGAGACCCGGCUGGGCAUUGCUCCCCCACGGUUGCUCUAGGGGCGCGGGGCCCGGCGGGGGGCGGGCGCCCUCCCCCGGCGCUGAGUCCCGCGCCCCGGAGGGAUGGGGUGGGUGGCCGAGGCCACCUAAGAUGCCGGCCAUGCGGGGGCUCCUGGCGCCACAGAACACCUUCCUGGACACCAUCGCCACGCGCUUCGACGGCACGCAUAGUAACUUCGUGCUGGGCAACGCCCAGGUGGCAGGGCUCUUCCCUGUUGUCUACUGCUCUGAUGGCUUCUGUGACCUCACGGGCUUCUCCCGAGCUGAGGUCAUGCCGGGCUGUGCCUGCUCCUUCCUCUACGGACCAGAUAGUGAGCUCGUCCGCCAACAGAUCCGAAAGGCCCUGGACGAGCACAAGGAGUUCAAGGCUGAGCUGAUCCUAUACCGGAAAAAUCUGUUUUUAUGCCCAGGGCUUCCUUUCUGGUGUCUCCUGGAUGUGAUACAUAAGAAUGAGAAAGGGGAGGUGGCCCUCUUCCUGGUCUCUCACAAGGACAUCAGUGACACCAAGAACCGGGGGCCUGACAGCUGGAAGGAGACAGGUGGGUGCCGCCGCCGAUAUGGCCGGGCAGGAGCCAAAGGCUUUAAUGCCAACCGGCGACGGAGCAGGGCUGUGCUCUACCACCUGUCUGGGCACUUGCAGAAGAAGCAACCAAAGGGCAAGCACAAGCUCAAUAAGGGAGUAUUUGGGGAAAAGCCAAACUUGCCAGAAUACAAAGUUGCUGCCAUUCGGAAGUCACCCUUCAUCCUGCUGCACUGUGGGGCGCUGAGAGCCACCUGGGAUGGCUUCAUCCUGCUCGCCACACUCUAUGUGGCUGUCACUGUGCCCUACAGUGUGUGUGUGAGCACAGGCCCGGGAGCCCAGUGCUGCUCGCGGCCACCCAGUGUCUGUGACCUGGCCGUGGAGGUCCUGUUCAUCCUAGAUAUUGUGCUGAAUUUCCGCACCACAUUUGUGUCCAAGUCGGGCCAGGUGGUGUUUGCCCCAACGUCUAUUUGCCUCCACUACGUCACCACCUGGUUCCUGCUGGAUGUCAUCGCAGCGUGCCCUUUACUGUUACACGCCUUCAAGGUCAAUGUGUACUUCGGGGCCCAUCUGUUGAAGACCGUGCGGCUGCUGCGGCUGCUACGCCUGCUGCCACGACUGGACCGGUACUCCCAGUACAGCGCUGUGGUACUGACCCUGCUCAUGGCUGUGUUUGCCCUGCUUGCCCACUGGGUGGCCUGCGUCUGGUUCUACAUUGGCCAGCAGGAGAUUGAGAGCAGUGAAUCGGAGCUGCCUGAGAUUGGCUGGCUGCAGGAGCUGGCUCGACGACUGGAGACCCCCUACUACCUGGUGGGCAAGAGCGCUGUUGGAGAGAACAGCUCUGACCAGAGUGACAACUGCCCUAGCAGCAGUAGCAGCAGCAGCGAGGCUAACGGGACUGGGCUGGAGCUCCUGGGCGGCCCGUCGCUGCGCAGCGCCUACAUCACUUCCCUCUACUUUGCACUCAGCAGCCUCACCAGCGUGGGCUUUGGCAAUGUCGCCAACACGGACACUGAGAAGAUCUUCUCCAUCUGCACCAUGCUUAUUGGCGCACUGAUGCACGCAGUGGUGUUUGGGAACGUGACGGCCAUCAUCCAGCGCAUGUACGCUCGCCGCUUUCUGUACCACAGCCUUACUCGUGACCUGCGUGACUACAUCCGCAUACAUCGAAUCCCCAAGCCUCUCAAGCAGCGCAUGCUUGAAUACUUCAUGGCCACCUGGGCUGUGAACAAUGGCAUCGACACCACUGAGCUGCUACAGAGCCUCCCUGACGCUCGUGCAGACAUCGCCAUGCACCUGCACAAGGAGGUCCUGCAGCUGCCGCUGUUUGAGGCUGCUAGCCGAGGCUGCCUGAGGGCAUUGUCCCUGGCCCUGCCUGCCUUCUGCACACCAGGCGAAUACCUCAUCCACCAGGGUGACGCUCUUCCCCUCUACUUCGUCUGCUCCGGCUCCAUGGAGGUGCUCAAGGGUGGCACUGUGCUCGCCAUCCUAGGGAAGGGUGAUCUGAUUGGCUGUGAGCUGCCCCGGCGGGAGCAGGUGGUAAAGGCCAAUGCUGAUGUGAAGGGUCUGACCUACUGCGUCCUGCAGUGCUUGCAGCUGGCUGGCCUACAUGAGAGUCUUGCACUGUACCCUGAAUUUGCCCCACGCUUCAGCCGCGGUCUUCGAGGGGAGCUCAGCUACAACCUGGGUUCUGGGGGAGGCCCUGCAGAGGUAGAUACCAGCUCCUUGAGUGGUGACAACACCCUCAUGUCUACACUGGAGGAAAAAGAGACAGAUGGGGAACGGGGCCCCACAGCCUCACCAGCCACAGCAGAUGAGCCCUCCAGCCCUCUACUGUCCCCUGGCUGCACCUCCUCAUCCUCAGCUGCCAAACUGCUAUCUCCACGUCGAACUGCACCCCGGCCACGUCUAGGUGGCAGGGGACGACCGAGCAGGGCAGGGGCUUUGAAGACUGAAGCUGGUGCCUCUGCUCACCCACGGACCCUGGAGGGACUGCGGUUGCCCCCCAUGCCAUGGAAUGUGCCCCCUGACCUAAGCCCCAGGGUUGUAGAUGGCAUUGAGGAUGGCUGUGGCUCUGACCAGCCCAAGUUCUCUUUCCGUGUGGGCCAAUCUGGCCUGGAAUGUAGCAGCAGUCCCUCCCCUGGACCAGAGAGUGGCCUGCUCACUGUCCCCCUUGGGCCCAGCGAGACAAGAAAUACAGAUACACUGGACAAGCUGCGGCAGGCGGUGAUGGAGCUAUCUGAGCAGGUGCUGCAGAUGCGGGAGGGACUGCAGUCACUUCGCCAAGCUGUGCAGCUUGUCUUGGUGCCCCAUGGGGAGGCCCCAUGCCCUCAGACAUCAGGAGAGGGGCCUCGCACAGGCACAGCCAGUGCCUCUGGGCUCCUGCAGCCUCUUCGUGUGGACACUGAGACAUCCUACCUACAGCCCCCAGUUGGCUCUGUCUUAAGUGGGACCUGGCCCCACCCUCGUCCAGGGCCCCCUCCCCUGAUGGCACCCUGGCCCUGGGGGCCCCCAGCAUCUCAAAGCUCCCCCUGGCCUCGAGCCACAACUUUAUGGACCACCUCAGACUCAGAGCCCCCUGGCUCAGGAGAAUUCUUGCUCUGAGCCUACCACCCAGCUUCACCUCCUUCUGAGGAAGGGGCGAGGACUGUGCCCCCGGAGCCUGUGAGCCAGGCAGAGGCUACCAGUACUGGAGAGCCCCCACCAGGGUCAGGGGGCCAGGCCUUGCCGGACCCCCACAGCCUAGAGAUGGUUCUUAUUGGCUGUCACGGCCCUGGCACAGUCCAGUGGACCCAGGAAGAAGGGACAGGGGUUUGACUGCCAGCCCAAGGUCAGUGCUGCAGACAUGCCACCAUUCUGCUGCUCUGCCAAUCCCAGGACUCCACGUACCCACUGACUCAGGGCAGGGAACCUGAGACGUGAGGGGGACUUGGCCCCCUGACUCUUAGAAGUGGGCUGGAGCCUCAAGAGCAAGCUCCAGAGCUGAGAAACUGAAGCCCUUCCACAGCCUGUUCUGCUGUGGACCUUGUCACCCUCUGCAGGCUGAGGGCAGAGGCCUGAGGACAAGGAGAGAUUCUGCCAUCCCUUGCAUGUGCCCCAUCUCUACCUGUCCUUACAUUUUUUUAUAUUUAAAAGCAUAAUAAAAAAGAAACUACU